GAUCCCUUAGUUCGAUCCAUUAAAGAAAAAUAUAUUGAGAUUCUUAAAACUUAUGUAGAACCAGUAUUUGUACAUCGUUCUAAUAAUAUAGUAUUUUAUCAGCAUGACAAUGCAACUUGUCAUACUGCAGAUAUU